AUGUCUACAAAGUUAAAUGUUCGGUUGAAGGAUGGACAUGAUUACACAAUAACAGCAAAUAUAGUUCCAACAAUUACAGGAAGCAUUCAAAGGAAACCAGUACGUAUAUCGGAUAGAGACAACUUCAGGUCGUUGAUAAAGAACCUUAGUCUAGCGGACGAUAUACCUACUGAAGAAUACACAGACUCAAUUGAAUUAUUGUUGGGAAAUGAUUAUUACCUGGAUAUAGUAUUAGGACAUAAAAUAGAGAUUCAGCCAGGACUUUAUCUCUUGUCGUCAAAACUAGGUUGGAUUCUUUCUGGAAGAACAAAUGAGAUAGAUGAUAAUGUGAGUGAUACAAACUUGUUAAUAUUAUCAUAUGGCAAUAACAUUACAAAGACGCAAGUGUUUACGAACGUUGACAGAUGUGUUCCAAAAACACCUGACAUCGAGGACUUUUGGAACAUAGAAACAAUAGGAUUAAAAGAUACCACCAACGUAAGAUCUGAAGAUGAUCAAGCGAUGGAAGACUUCAAAGAAAACCUUGUGUUCAAGGAUAAUAGAUACCAUGUUACAUGGCCUUGGAAAAUCGACCAUCAAGAAGUUCCGGAAAAUCGUCCUCUUGCCUUUGGACGAUUAAAGUCAUUAGUAUCGAGGUUCAAAGAUAAACCAGAUGUGUUGCAGAAGUAUGAUUCUGUUAUACAAGAUCAAUUUAAAAAGGGAAUCUUUUAA